CCCCCACUCUGGCAAUGGCAAACCACCCACAGCAGCACUCGACAGCGAGAAAAGUGAAGCAAAGCAACAAAAGCCAUCGACCCUACAUCCAGCCAUCCUCUUUGCUUGCCUGCCGCUACGAGCCAACGACUCGAUCUCCACACCACACUCCAAUGGCAGCAACCGUGAUGGCCUCCAUGACCUCCCUCGCCUUCGCCACCGCCACCGCCGGCGCGCGUCGUGCCGGCGCGUUCCCGGCGUCGUCUGCUGCGCUCGCGCCGCGCCGGCGCGUCAUGGUCGUGAGGGCGCAGAGCGAGGACGUCGAGCCAACGGAGACGACCGCGGCCACCACCUCCUCGUCGCCUUCUCCGGCCGCGGCCGCCACUACCCCGACGCCCAAGGCGAAGAAGGCGGCGAGCCGGGCGGGGCUGUGGGACGCGCUGGCGUUCAGCGGGCCUGCGCCGGAGCGCAUCAACGGCCGCCUCGCCAUGGUGGGCUUCGUGUCCGCGCUCGCCGUCGAGGCGUCCCGCGGCGGGGGUCUCCUCUCGCAGGCCGGCAGCGGCUCCGGGCUGACCUGGUUCGCGGCCACGGCCGCCGUGCUCUCCGUUGCGUCGCUCGUGCCGCUGCUAAAGGGGGACAGCGCCGAGGCCAGGAGCGGCGCCGUCAUGAGCGCCGACGCCGAGCUCUGGAACGGACGCUUCGCCAUGCUCGGACUCGUCGCGCUCGCCUUCACUGAGUACCUCACCGGCGCCCCGUUCAUCAACGCCUAGAUCUAGAUGCAUGCCAGUGCAUGUAUAUGCAGUAGUAACUUCGUAGGAAUAUUUUGUACUAUGCUAGUAGAACUGCUUUCCGUGUACGAGCAUACGUACAGAUGGACGAGCUAGUUUUUAUGUACGUUUUGGAUCAAAAUAUAUAGCUACGAAACUAAUUGUUGGGAAACAAAAUGACAAAUCAAUUUGGCAUCCACAAAAUUUUGCCAAAACAUAAAAAAAAAAGCCUCCAACAGUUUGCAACCAAA